UAGUUAAUAUUAAAUCCUAACAGAAUUCCAAAGGCAAUAGUCAUGAGACAACUUGUCACUCUGAACGCUAGAUCUGAGGAACACACCAAGUAUCUAGAUGUUAUUAUGGUUAUGGUUAACGACCUCAAAGAUAAGCUACAACAUACAAAUCCACUAGAAACAUCAAUAAAUGGCCGUCUUGAAGUAGGCAAUGUUUUAUCCAAAUUUCCUGUAACUGAUGAAAUUGCAUUACACGAAAUAACCAAUGACUUGAAUAAUAAUUCUUCACUCAAUGAUCAAAUUGUUAAAACUUUGGCAUUGAUUGGAGGAUCAUCUUUCAAAGAGUCCGUUAGGCGCAUCUUAAGAAAGUUGAUUACAGAUGAUUAUGCUAAAUCAUUUAGUUAUACUGGGCACAAGAACAACAAACAACCGUUUAAUAAAACUAUUUUGGCAUCAUUACUCACAAGAGCUGUUCAUUCGUCUAACAACAAUUCAGGCAGAACAAUAAAAGAAAUUGAAUCAGUUGCUAGUAUUUGGCUAACCAAAGCAAGGGAAAGAGCAAAAAAGACUGUAGUUUUAAAUGUUAAUAUUAAUUAA